GUCUGUCCCAGCGCAGCGAAAGCGUGUGGGCCAAUGGUGUCGGGCUCGCCCCGUCCUCGGGUUAUUCUAAUCCCGCGCCGCAAACUCCGUCUUCCUCGGCAACAGAUUCGGCAACCGGGGUAUAAGAAUCGGCCUCCCCUGACCAUCUAUCCAGUGUGCCGCCGAGAUUCCAAAGGAGGGAGAGAAAUAGGAGCUCUUGCCGGUGUGGCGCCAGUAGAUUUUGACGACUCCCAUCGCCCGUCGUGCAAGCACUUCUUGGGAAUCUGUGUGCGGUCGGGGUGGUGCGCCUGGAGUUGGUGAUCGUGGGCGACGCCUGCGCUGGCAGUGGUGUGGUGGUGGGGUGACCGUGGCUUCUGCAAUUCCUCAACGAAGCUCUGAACUUCCAAUCGAGCGGCUGCUCAUCGGGGACCAGCUUCUCUGCAACAUCUUUGACGUGAGGACACCGUGUCAUCUGAAGAGCAAGUUGGUACCUGGAAUCUCAAGUGCCAGGCAAGUUGUGCCCUUGAUCACUUUUUUUACCCAGUCAUCUUUUGAUUAAUCAUAAUGAUCUGCAUAGGAUAAUUUUGAUGUGACCCUUUAUGUUACCCUAGUUUGAUUAUCUUUAUACCUUGACUCCACUAAACUUUUUGGGUAGUACCUGCUAUUGCUUUAUGUGGUUUUGGGUCUAGAGAUACAUUUUAUUCAUGAUUAUAUUUUAUUAUCAGUUGUUAUCUACUGUUCAUGUUAAGAUCAUUAUGUUAAUUGGAACAUGGAGAACCACCCGGGAAAAUAGUGCUACCACAAGGGUUGUAUGGGACACCCUUGGCUGACUAAUUAGGAAAGCUAGUGGAAGACUACCUUACCCAAAAGGGGAAAGGGCAGUAGGGGAGUUGCAUGCAGGGAGGUUCUCGGGUUGAUUUUGCUGCAAUGGCGGUCAGACGAGGGAUUCUUACAAGUGCUCUUCCCAUAAACUGUAGCGGGUUUUCGAAAGCUAGUGGAACUUUGUAAAGGCCUCGUAGUGUUACCCAGCCUCGCCUCCUCGGUAGAGGUGUACGGGAUUGGCCGUCUCUUGGCAGAUGGGUAACAUGACUUGUGGGUAAAGAUGCACAACCUUUGCAGAGUGUAAAACUGGUAUACUAGCCAUGCUCACGGUCAUGAGCGACUCGGACACUCACAUGAUUAAUUUAUGCAACUAAACUCAAUUUGUCAUAUGCAUUGCAUUGAGGGUGUUGUUAUUACUUUUGUUCUUCUACUUAAUUGGGUUGGUAUUUACUUAUACUUAGUAAUUGCUAAUAAAAUUUUGACCAACUUUAAAAGCAAUGCUCAACUCUAACCAUCCUCUUUGGUAAGCCUUACACCUCACGUGAGCUCCCACCUUUGGCGAGUUCAUGCACAUUAUUCCCCACAACUUGUUGAGCUAUGAACGUAUGUGAGUUCACUCUUGCUGUCUCACACCCCCCACAGGUCAAGAACAUGUACCGCAGGAUGAGGCGCAUGGAGGAUGUUGUGACGUGUUCGUGAGAGGUAUAGGCCGUCGUCUCCCAAUCAACUUUGGGUUGCUGGAUCGUUGUCUCCUUAUGAUGUAAUUAUUUAUUUAUUUUAUACAGAACUCCUAUUAUAUAGCAAAGAUGUGACAUUUGUUUCUAUACCACUAUUCAUCAUAUGUGUGAGACUGGUCCCAUCACACCUGGUGUUUAUUUCACGCCCAGGUUUUGGAACCCUAAAACCCGGGCGUGACAGAAGUGGUAUCAGAGGAAUGUUGACUGUAGGACGAAACCUAGAUAGAACUGGACAACCAUUCUCUACUUACCUUUGCUACUCUGAUUCUUUCUAAACUUUUCUUAACCUUUUCUCAUCUUUUUCCGCUUUACUCUGAUUACUCUUACCUUUUUCCUUCUAAAGACAAACUUGGAUUUCACACUUUGAAAUCCUGUGCUUAAAGUGACUUUUAGGAAUAGGAGACCUACUCUUAGGAACAAAAACAAAACUAUUUUUUAGUAUCUAUAUGCUUGAAUGCUUGUUCUUAUGAUAUUUGUCUGAUUUGGAUCUUUGAUUGAGUGUGAUGGGUUGUGGAUCAAUGUCCACAAUUACAUCUGCAUAUAUAUCUAGGCAUAAAGGAUAGUAGUUAUAAAAUAACUCAACAAUCUAGAUUAUCCCCAUUAAAAUGUAUCUAGUAUUCCGUGUCUAUCUCAUCUUGGCAGAUUCAAUCUUACCUUUGGACAUUCACCUUAUACGUCUACUUACCCAAUCUUGACAUCAGAUUAAGCCCUGCCAAAGAAUCUUCAGUACAUAACCAACUAUUAGCCUAUUCAUUCUACCUACCGCAUGAUUUCCCUUGCAAAAUUAUCUUACCAUAUGUUUCUAACUCAGAUGGUCAAUACCAGGAAGGGUGGAGGAAUUGAUCUACCUCCCAAUCGACACACUCGGAGGAUAUUUAGACAACCACAACAACAACAACCUGAGAUGGAUCCUCCACAGUCUCCACCUGCCGAAGCUGAUCCCGCAGCUACAACCCAGAACCGGAUAAUGCAACAGAUGGCAGACACCAUGGCAGAGAUGUAUGCGCAGAUGCGGUAGGAACGCCAGGAGAUGCGCCAAGAGCGAGAGGAUAUACGCCAGGAGAUGCGCUAAGAGCGAGAGGAGAUACGCUAGGAGAGAAGGGCACAACAACAACAGCAACAAGCACCACUGCCUCCACCACCACCAGUUCCACCCCGGGACAAGCAUCGAGAGUUCAUGAGCCACAAGCCACCGACAUUUGCUAACUCUCAUGAUCCACUGGACGCUGAUGAUUGGCUAAAGUCUAUAGAGAAGAUGCUCAACAUAGCUCAUUGCUCGGACAGAGAGAAAGUGUUGUACGCAUCAGGUCGUCUUACGGGUCCAGCUGCGGAUUGGUGGGAUGGUAUUGCGCUGCUCAUGCCGCCAUCAACACAAUUACCUAAGCAGAAUUCUCUACUCAAUUCAGGAAUUACCAUAUUCCUGCGGGACUCAUGAAGAUUAAAAGAAAGGAGUUUCUAUCCCUCAAGCAAGGAAGUAUGUCCAUGAGCGAAUAUAGGGACAAAUUUAUUCAGCUAUCUCGAUAUGCUCCUAGGGAUGUUGAAGACGAUGAGAAGAAGCAGGAGCUCUUUCUGGACGGUUUCAUUGGACCCCUACAAUAUCAACUGGUAUCGCACACAUUCCUGUCCUUCCAAAGACUACUUGACAAACUAUUGAUGUGGAAAACAAGAGGUGUGAGUUUGGAGAGAAAAGAAGGUGAAAGGGAAAUAUGCUUACACCUUUUCCUAAAUGAUUUUGGUGGUUGAAUUGGCCAACACAAAUUAUUGAACUAACUAGUUUGCUCUAGUCCAUAAGUCUUUACAGGUGCCAAAGGUUCACAACAAACCAAUACAAGUCUAAGAAUAGGGGCUCAAAACAAAGGAGCCAAGUAUACCGAAGUGUCCCCUGGUCUGGCGCACCGGACUGUCCGGUGUGCCACCGGACAGUGUCCGGUGCACCAAGGAACUCGACGCCCAACUCUUCACCUUCGGGAUUUUUCAGAGAAGCUCCGCUAUAAUUCACCGGACUGUACGGUGCACCACCGGACAGUGUCCGGUGCCCCAAGGGAGAGCAACUCUGAACUCGCCAGCUUCAGGAAUCCGCUCCCCUGUGUCCGGUGCACACCGGACUGUCCGGUGUGCCAGCGGAGCAACAGCUACUACGGCGCCAACGGUCACCUGCAGAGACAUUUAAUGCGCGCCAGAGCGCGCAGAAGUCAGGCACGCGCGAGACGGCACACCAGACAGUCUACAGUACAUAUCCGGUGCACCACCGGACAUCCAGGCGACCCCACCAGUCAAAGCUCCAACGGUCGAACCCUAACGGCCGGGUGACGUGGCUGGCGCACCGGACACUGUCCGGUGGCGCACCGGACUGUCCGGUGCGCCAUGCGACAGCAGCCCUCACCAAACGGCUAGUUUGGUGGUUGGGGCUAUAAAUACCCCCAACCACCCCACAUUCAAGUCAUCCAAGUUUCUACACUUCUACACCUAACAAGAGCUAUAGCAUUCAAUACAAGACACACCAAAGAGAUCAAAUCCUCUCCCAACUCCACACAAAGCUUUAGUGAUUAGAGAGAGUGAUUUGUUGUGUUCAUUUGAGCUCUUGUGCUUGGAUUGCUUCUUUUCUUUCUCAUUCUUCUUGUGAUCAAACUCAAUUGUAACCAAGGCAAGAGACACCAAUUGUGUGGUGGUCCUUGCGGGAACUUCGUGUUCCGUUUGAUUGAGAAGAGAAGCUCACUCGGUCUAAGUGACCGUUUGAGAGAGGGAAAGGGUUGAGAGAGACCCGGUCUUCGUGACCACCUCAACGGGGAGUAGGUUUGCAAGAAUCGAACCUCGGUAAAACAAAUCAUUGUGUCUCGCCCUUUAUUUGCUCACGAUUUGUUUUGCGCCCUCUCUCUCGGACUCGUUUAUAUUUCUAACGCUAACCCGGCUUGUAGUUGUGCUUAAGUUUGUAAAUUUCAGAUUCGCCCUAUUCACCCCCCCCUCUAGGCGACUUUCAAUUGAUAUCAAAGCCCGGUGCUUCAUUAGAGCCUAACCGCUCGAAGUGAUGUCGGGAGAUCACACCAAGAAGGAGAUGGUGACCGGCGAGAAGCCUGCUACAAGCCACGGGAAAGCUCCAUCGGGAGAGUCCCGAAACAAGGGGAAGGAAAAGGAAUCCCCUUCACACAAGUCGCGUCGGAGCGGUGACAAGAAGAAGAAGAUGAGGAAAGUGGUCUACUACGAGACCGACUCCUCGUCGCCAUCCACCUCCGGCUCCGACACGCCGUCCGUAACUUCUAAGCGCCAUGAGCGCAAGAAGUUUAGUAAGAUCCCCUUACGCUAUCCUCGCAUUUCUAAACAUACGCCAUUACUUUCCGUCCCAUUGGGCAAACCACCAACGUUUGAUGGUGAAGAUUAUGCUAGGUGGAGUGAUAUGAUGCGAUAUCACCUAACCUCACUCCACAAAAGUAUAUGGGAUGUUGUUGAGUUUGGUGUACAGGUACCAUCCGUAGGGGAUGAAGAUUAUGAUGAGGACGAAGUGGCCCAAAUCCAACACUUCAACUCCCAAGCCACAACUAUACUCCUCGCCUCUCUAAGUCGAGAGGAGUAUAAUAAGGUGCAAGGGUUGAAGAGUGCUAAGGAGAUUUGGGACGUGCUCAAGACCGCGCACGAAGGAGACGAGGUGACCAAGAUCACCAAGCGGGAGACGAUCGAGGGGGAGCUCGGUCGCUUUCGACUUCGCCAAGGGGAAGAGCCACAAGAAAUGUACAACCGGCUCAAAACUUUGGUGAACCAAGUGCGCAACCUCGGGAGUAAGAAAUGGGAUGACCAUGAGGUGGUUAAGGUUAUUCUUAGAUCACUUGUCUUCCUUAACCCUACUCAAGUUCAAUUAAUUCAUGGUAAUCCUAGAUAUACACUAAUGACCCCCGAGGAAGUAAUAGGUAAUUUUGUGAGCUUUGAGUUGAUGAUCAAAGGCUCAAAGAAGAUCAUCGAGCUAGAUGGCCCCUCCACGCCCGAAGCACAACCGGUUGCAUUCAAGGCAACAGAGGAGAAGAAGGAGGAGUCUACAUCAAGUAGACAACCAAUCGACGCCUCUAAGCUCGACAAUGAGGAGAUGUCGCUCAUCAUCAAGAGCUUCUGUCAAAUCCUCAAGCAAAGGAGGGGGAAGGACUACAAGCCCCGCUCCAAGAAAGUAUGCUACAAAUGUGGUAAGCCCGGUCACUUUAUUGCAAAAUGUCCAUUAUCAAGUGAUAGUGAUAGGGGCGACGACAAGAAGGGGAGAAGAAAGGAGAAGAAGAGGUACUACAAGAAGAAGGGCGGCGAUGCCAUGUUUGCCGGGAGUGGGACUCCGACGAGAGGUCCACCGAUUCCUCCUCCGACGAGGACGCCGCAAACAUCGCCAUCACCAAGGGACUCCUCUUCCCCAACGUCGGCCACAAGUGCCUCAUGGCCAAGGACGAUAAAAAGAAGAAGGUAAAAUCAAAAUCCUCCACUAAGUAUGAGACUUCUAGUGAUGAAGAUAAUGCUAGUGAUGAGGAGGAUAAUUUGCGUACUCUUUUUGCCAACCUCAACAUGCAACAAAAAGAAAAAUUAAAUGAAUUAAUUAGUGCUAUUCAUGAGAAGGAUGACCUCUUAGAUUCUCAAGAGGACUUCCUAAUUAAGGAAAA